AUGGCAAUGCAAUCAAAUGAACAAAUUUCAUCUGGUAUUAAAAUAUAUUUCAAUCAUCCAUGGUAUUUAUUUAAAACUGAAUUUUUUAUUUUAAUGUGGAUUAUUCUUGGUUUUCAUCUUGAAUUAAUUGGUUCAACAUUGCCAAUUCUUGGACAAAAUAUAAAUGUUGGUUAUACUGGAAUGGGUUCAGUGCUUGCAUCAAGAGCUGUUGGUUAUUUAGUUGCAAAUCUUCUUGGUAUUAGUCUACAAAAUAUUACUAAGAAAUAUGCCGAAGCUCUUUUGAUUUGUGCAUUUAUGUUAGCUGCUAUUGUGGUUUUGCUUACUCCAUUUGUAAAAUCAUUGGUAGUAAUGUGGAUUUUAUUUUUUAUUCAAGGAGUUACUCAGAGUUUAACACAUAUAGCUGGAACUCAUAUUUUAUUGACAAUGUGGGGGGUUAAUGCUACAGUACCAUUAAAUGCAGUUCAUAUAGGAUAUGGAAUUGGUGCCGUUUUUGCUAAUUUACUUGUUCAACCAUUUCUCAAUGGAAACGUUUCGUCAAUGAAUAUUCCUAAUAGUGAAAUAACUAAUUCAACAUCAGUACCUGUUAUUAUUCUAAAGACAUAUUCUAGUAUUUUCAUUCCAUAUUUAAUUGCUAGUAUUUUAUGUGUAUUAAUCGCGAUUGGAAAUGUAUAUUUCUAUCUUCAUGAAUCAAGAAAUCAAAGAGAAAAAUUAGAAAUUAAACAAGCUGAUUAUGGUACUUUAACAAAUGAUAUAACAGAUAUUAUUGAUAUAAAUGAUACAAAGAUUUCUUCACCAUAUUCUCCUCGUACAUUUGGUAAUGGAGAUUAUCGAUAUGGUUUAACACUUACGAUAAUAUUUGUUUGUUACGCAUUUUUUAUGGGUGCAAACGAUGAAACAUUUUCAAAAUUCUUUUUUUCCUAUCUUACAUUCAAAGAAUUCCAUAUAGCAGAUCGUGUUGCUAGUUGGGGCAUUAUUUUAUAUUGGAUUUCAAUGUCUAUUGGUCGAUUAAUUACAGCAAUUUUAUCUUCAUUUCUAUCGAUUAAUAUAUGUUUUAAUAUUCUUUGGACUGGUGGUUUAUGUCUUGUUAUAGCUUGGCUUAGUUUUGUAUUCAUUAUUGGUUUAACUACUACAAGUUUAUUGAUACUUGGUGCAUUUAGUGGUCUUAUCUUUGGACCAAUAUUUCCUUUAACAUUUGGUUUAAUUAAUCAACGAUUAAAUGCUGUACCAGCACUUAUUGCUCUCAUUUUUUCUGGAUCAGCAGUUGGAACAAUUAUAUUUCAACAAAUAGCUGGUAUUAUUUUGGAUCAUGAUCCAAAUGAUUUUCCAAUUCUCUUAGCUUUUUUCAUAUUAAUGUUAAUCAUUCUUUAUACUGCUUCAAAUCUUAUUUAUCACUUUCAUCAACGAAGAAAUCUUGAAAAUACCCGAUCUUCAUUAACAAAUGGUGCAGCAUUGGCUCGUGAAAGUUUGACGGAUGAAGAAUUACCAAUGAUUAAUUAUCCAAGAGAUCAAAAUAAUCAAUAA